UUUCUCAGGACACCAUGGCUAGUGAAUCUCCUGGUGGUUCUCCUCUUUCUCUCUUUCUUAGCACUUUUACUUGGAAUGGCCGCCAGCUUAAUAUAAACUCACUGAAAGGCAAGAAAAGGAAACGCUGGUUCAAGUCACGCAGCUUUGAUGUGGACAAUGGCACCUCAUCAGGACGUAGUCCGCUGGAUCCCAUGGCCAGCCCGGGGUCAGGUCUCAUCCUCCAGGCCAACUUUGUGCACAGCCAGAGGAGAGAGUCCUUUCUGUACCGCUCUGACAGCGACUAUGACCUCUCACCAAAGUCUAUGUCCAGAAACUCCUCCAUCGCCAGUGACAUACACGGUGAUGACAUGAUUGUUACCCCUUUUGCACAGGUUCUGGCAAGUUUAAGGACUGUCCGGAAUAAUUUUGCUGCUUUAACAAAUGUACAACAGGAAAGGGCCAAUAACAAACCCCUAAAGCAUCUGAGAUCUGACUCCUUGCCUCCUUCUCUUCCUCCAGAGGAGGCCUACCAGAAACUGGCCACAGAGACCCUGGAGGAGCUGGACUGGUGCCUCGACCAGCUUGAGACCCUCCAAACCAGGCAUUCGGUCAGCGAGAUGGCAUCCAACAAGUUCAAGAGGAUGUUGAAUAGAGAAUUGACUCACCUCUCUGAGAUGAGCCGAUCUGGUAACCAGGUGUCUGAGUUCAUCUCCAGUACAUUCUUAGACAAGCAACACGAGGUGGAAAUGCCAUCGCCCCAGUCCCAGAAAGACAAGGAGAAGAAGAAAAGGCCGAUGUCCCAGAUUAGUGGUGUAAAAAAGUUAACGCACAGUUCCAGCCUUACCAACUCUAACAUCCCUCGGUUUGGAGUCAAAACUGAAACAGAAGAUGAGCUGGCCAAGGAGCUUGAAGAUGUAAAUAAAUGGGGCCUUAAUGUCUUCAAAGUGUCAGAAUUUUCUGGGAACAGACCUUUAACAGUUAUGAUGCACACAAUAUUCCAGGAGAGGGACUUGUUAAAGACGUUUAAAAUUCCCCUCGACACGUUUAUCACCUAUCUGAUGACUUUAGAGGACCAUUACCAUGCUGACGUUGCCUAUCACAACAACAUCCACGCUGCUGAUGUCACACAGUCCACUCACGUCCUGUUAUCGACCCCUGCCCUUGAGGCUGUGUUUACAGACCUCGAAAUACUCGCUGCCAUAUUUGCCAGUGCAAUACAUGAUGUUGACCAUCCUGGCGUCUCCAACCAGUUUCUCAUCAACACUAACUCUGAGCUGGCCCUCAUGUAUAAUGAUUCGUCUGUGUUGGAGAAUCAUCAUCUGGCUGUAGGUUUUAAACUGCUGCAGGAAGAGAACUGUGACAUCUUCCAGAACCUGACCAAGAAACAGAGACAGUCACUCCGCAAGAUGGUCAUUGACAUUGUUCUGGCCACAGACAUGUCUAAGCACAUGAAUUUGUUGGCGGAUCUGAAAACCAUGGUGGAGACCAAAAAGGUGACCAGUUCUGGGGUAUUACUGCUGGAUAACUACUCUGACAGGAUACAGGUCUUGCAGAACAUGGUGCACUGUGCAGACCUCAGUAACCCCACCAAGCCACUGCAGUUGUACAAGCAGUGGACGGACCGCAUCAUGGAGGAGUUCUUCAGUCAGGGGGACAGAGAGCGGGAGCGCGGCAUGGAGAUCAGCCCCAUGUGCGACAAGCACAACGCUUCAGUCGAGAAGUCCCAGGUGGGCUUCAUCGAUUACAUUGUACACCCACUGUGGGAGACGUGGGCAGACUUGGUGCACCCAGACGCCCAGGACAUCUUGGACACGCUGGAGGACAACAGGGAGUGGUACCAGAGCACCAUCCCCCAGAGCCCCUCUCCAGCGCUGGACACCAGCAGCGAGGGCCGACGCACCGCCGGCCAGGAUAAGUUCCAGUUUGAACUGACUCUGGAGGAGGACGGAGAAUCCGACACGGAGAAGGACAGUGGCAGCCCUCCUGAUGAAGAGGAGGAGGAGGAAGAGGAGGAAAACAGCUGCAGUGACUCUAAAACCCUUUGCACACAGGACUCGGAAUGUACAGAGAUCCCCCUGGACGAGCAGGUGGGGGACGCACAGGAGGACGAGGACGAAGAGGAUGAGCAGGAGGAUGAAAGGGAAAUAUCAGAACCCUGUGUUUUAGAGGAGGAAGAGGAGGAGGAAGAGGAAGAUGAAGAGGACACUGCCAACACAUAACACAGUAUGACACGGCACCUGAACUUUUUUAUAUUAGAGAGGAGAAACACUUAUUUAUGGUUAAGAUAUUAGUGUUUUUCAUUGUCUAUUUUGCAUACGUCGUUCAGAAGUGCUUUUUAAAUGUCCGCCUUUAACCUGUUUUUUAUUUUACUUUUUAGCCAUUUAGUUUUAGCCAUUUUUACACUCAGGAAUAUCUUUUCCACUUCCACCUGUCAUUCAUACAGACAAACUAAACAAAUGAAAGGUUAAAAAGCUCGACUUGUAUUCCUGAUUGUGAGGUACUUUAUCUAUUCUUUAUUUUUUUGACUGAAACAGUAUUUCAGAAACAUUUAACUCCGAAAGCAGCUGUUUUUCACCAACGAGACACUAUUUGUUCCUGUUUAUCUGAAGGAAAGUGGCAACUCAAAGUAUUUUAGCAGACAAACACUUUAGAAGUGAAUACUCCAUGCUUUGAACUUCACGUCUUCCUGAUGCCUUGAAUGUGUUAUUGAUCUGGAUUUAGCUGUCUGUUGUGUUUGUGUAUCAGUCAUUAUUUGAAGUCAAUGAACAUGGUACCAAAGUGAAAAGAACUUGUGAGACACCAUUUUCACACUGAAAAUACUCAUUUUCAUUUAAAUUACCAUAUUUCGGGUAAAUAUGUAAAUGUGGUCAUUUCAUACCUUUAUUUGUUGCAUUCAAUCCAGAUCUGAAAAUAAUUUUUAAAUAUUAUUUUUUUGAACAAUAAGUUGCUCUGUUUAAUAAUACCUGAUUAUGACCAUAUUUCAACUUUUUUUUUUUUUUUAUGUAUUCGCCCAAGAACAAGA